CCUUACCAGGAGACCUCUAACCUACCUCCUCUCGCUAAUAAACAACUCGAGGCACUGAUCUCUAGAGCUCUUCACCAGUAAUUACACUUGAUCUUAACCAAAAAGCCAAGCAGUGAUAAGUAACUAAAAUUUGCACUAUUAGUUUCUUUUAGUUUGGUUGGUCUUAAUACAAGGCAUGAUACCUUUCUCUUAGUUUGGUUGGUCUUAAACAAUAGUGCAAGUUUUAGUCACGGAUGAGUUCCACAGAUCUAGCUUUGCGCUAGAUUGAGGUUAAAAGCUAUUAUAUGUAUUUUAGUUUUUUGUUUGGACCACGCGGCUCUCUCUCUUUUUUUGUUAAUAAAACCUUCACACGUUGCAACCCGUGCCAUUAGAUAAAGCUGAAGGCGAGAUUCCUUGUGAUUGGCUGAGGCGCACAACCAACACGUGCGGGGGCAAAGAAAUAUAAAUGGUGUUAACUAGUUGAUUCGUUAGGACGGGUUCUUUUGCUUGGUAUCGGUCGCGGGAAGCCCAAAGAGCGCCAAAAGUAACGAGAUGUCUUCGUUCUUGGGCAGAGCACCCAAUAGGGGGAGCAGACGUCGACGGGAAGCUGCAGCUCCUCCGGAGUGCGGUAUACGUGAAGUGCAGAUUCCACGGACGCUGCCAGAAGAUUCGGCGGGUGUGGAAUUUCAAAAGUCCAGCAGUGUGGGUGAAAGCUGCAGUUCAGUUUCAGAAUCAACUGUAGAUGUUGAACAAAAAGUUCAUUUUGGAAGCGUGCAAAAAUCUAAAAGGAGUCAUCAAAACGUCAGUGAGAAGAGAAAGCAGAUUCCCGACUGGGGACUUGUUAGCAGGUUAAUGUGGGAAGUGUCUCUAAUUAACAUGGACCGCAGAACUUCUCAAGAAAUAGACAGAGCUUUGGAAAUAGCUAUAAAUAACCUUGAACAUUUAAAGACUGCAGAGGAGAUACUUGAACAAUUGGUCACUGAAGCAAAGCAAGAAGAAGGCAAGACAGCAAGUAUUAUCGAUACCACAUUUACAGACUUCAUUGCUGCAUUAAAUUCAAGGAAAAGGAAAUUACAGACAGAGUUGGUACUGAACACCAGCAGCUAUGUAACUGAUGUACAUAAAGUUCAGUUGUCUAUUAUAGAGAAGAAAAGCAGCUUAGAUGGAGCCAUAAAGGUAGCAAGAGGGUUGAAAGCAAAGAAUUCUUUCAAAAGUUGUCAUAGUUUACGUCAGGUUCUUUGCAAUUUAAAAACGACAAUUGAGGAUGAAGUUUCAAAACUGGAUAAUUUGAAGAAAAGAACACUUCCAAGGUUUUACAUAGAUGGUGAUAAGAGUACCUCUCAGUUGGAAAAUAUGGGGGAAAUUCUUCUUGAUAAGACUGAUCUAUGCCACUGUGGAGAAGGUUCCUUAAAACCAAGCAGUAUGGAACAAGGCUGCAAAAGUGGCAGUUUAUUUAGAGGAAAGACAAAACAUGACCCAUUGAUUGAAGAAAACAAUCCAAAGAUUUUUGCAGAAGAAUAUGAUGUCCAGCUUGAUGGCACUCAUGCUCAGAUCCAACAGAUGGCUCAAUCACCAACUCCGAAGUAUCUUGCUGCUUUGCCCCAGACAGUAUGUGCUCCAGAUGUCAUAAUUGAAGAAAUAAUUGAAGAUUCUCCAGGUUCUAGUUCCACAGAAUAUCCUGAAGAUGCACAUCACAGGAAGCUUUUCCCAAAGCAGCUGCUUCCAUUUGGAGUGAAAGCAGACUCUCCAGAAUUAGUUCUUGUCAGUUGUGUAAUAAACCCUUGUCACUUCUACGUUCGGAUGCUUUCACAAAAGAAAAUGUUAGUUCAUUUGGAAAAAAUAUUGAAGCAGUUCUGUAAAAGUAAGAAUACAUCUCCUACGGACAUCUUGGAAUUAGGUGCAAAAGUCUUUGUUAAAAGUAAAGAGCAUGGAUCAUGGUGCCGUGCAACAGUUAUUGAACUAAUUCCAAAGCAGAAUACAAAGGAAGGGAAACCCUGUGGUCCAACAAAAUGUAAAAUCUGUGAUGUCGCAAUGAUGCAAGUAUUCUUUAUAGACUUUGGCCAUUCCGAAGCAUUAACUGUUUCAAGGUUUGCUAGUGAUGUUGCAGUGAAUCCAGAACAUGCUACUCUAGACUAUUUAGUGACAGAAGAUUUGUGCUCAGUUGUAAGGAUACCUGAUUUUCUUAUAGAGGCACAACUUGGAGGAAUAAAAAAGUUGGCACUGAGGUGCUCCUUGAAGGACAUUGUUCCCAAACGUUCAAGUGAAGGUUGGAGUACAGCAGCAAGAACAGAAUUUCUGAAAAUGGUAAAUAACAAAACUGUCCAAAUGAGAGUGUUCAGGGAAGAAGAUGGUGUUCUUAUUGUAGAUCUGAUGAAACCUCCAACUAACAAAAUAAGCAGUGACAUGCCAAUCUCCCUCAGGGAUGCAUUAGUUUUUUCGGAUUUAGCAAGCCUCCGCACUGAAUUGGCCGAUCAGUCUGAGAAUUCUGUGCCACUGCAAUACUGCCCACCUGUGAUGCCCCAAGAAAAUACAGAAGCUGCAGUUGUGGUUACUUACAUCAUCAGUCCUGGUGACUUCUACAUUCAAAUGCUGGAGAGUCCAGAAUUAGUGAUUUUCCUGAAAAAGAUUGAAGAAGUUUAUAAAACUGAAAGUGGAGACAAUUUGGAAAUCCUGUGUCCAAUCCAAGGUCAACCCUGCAUUGCCAAAUUUGAAGAUGGAGUUUGGUACAGAGCCCAAGUGAUUGGACUUCCGGGUCAUCAACAAGCUGAGGUGAAAUAUGUGGACUAUGGCAAUACAGCUAAAAUAAACGUGAAAGACAUGCGCAAGAUAAAAGAUGAGUUCUUAGCCUCUCCAGCAAAGGCUAUCCAGUGCAAGCUGGCCAAUAUAGAACCAUUCAAAGGAACAAAUAAGUGGAGCAGUAUGUCAAAGCACAGAUUUGAAGAAAUGGUUCAUGAAAAAGUUAUGCUGUGCUUCUUUACUGAAAUAUUGCCGGACAAUGCAUUAUCUGUUGAGCUCUAUGAAAGUGUACCAGCAGUACCAAAUGUGUCUCGUAGUAUUAAUAGCCGCCUGGUUAAUGAAGGCCUAGCAUCAUAUGUAACAAGGAAUCCUCAAAUCACCACUCUUACUUACAAUGAAGUGUGGGAUCCUCCUCCAGAAGACAUCUUCGCAAGGGAAGUGGGGGAUUUAAAUCCUGGGUGUGCAGACUUGUCACAAAUGGAGGAUUUGGCAUUAGAGUGUAACAAAGAACUGCAAGUACAAAUUAGUCGUGUUGUGUCUCCAAGCAUGAUCUUCUUGCAUUUGCUGUCGGCAGAAAAACUGCUGAACAGCUUACAGGAAAAGAUGUCUGCCACUUACAACAUGUCUGAGGAAGAAGAAGCUGUUCAAUGGGAAAUAAAUAUGAAUUGUGCUGCUGAUGUGCAUGGUCUAGAUCAAUGGAACAGAGGCCAGGUCUGCAAGAUUGUUUCUAAAAACACUGUGGAGGUAUUCUUCUUUGAUUUGGGCAUAACCAAAACCGUGAAUACCAUCCGUCUAAGAAAACUUGAUGAGAAGUUGAUGUCAGUUGGGCCUCUAGCAGUGGAAUGCUUCCUAGCAGACAUAAGGCCAGCUGGUGGUACUGACCAGUGGACAGCAACUGCAUGCGAUACACUGACACAAUAUUUAAGUGGAGCGAUGGUAAAAAUAAUCAUACAGGAAAAUACUUCACCGUUUCCUGUGAAAAUGUUUCACAAAGAUGAUGGAUUAUACACUGAUGUUUCAGAAUACAUGAUUAAAAAAGGUUUGGCAUUUAGAAAAAGAAGAACAGACAUAAUUAGAGCAUUACCUGAGAAACUGCAGGAAAUCCCUGUAAAGCAAGAAAAUACAGUUAUAAGCAACUCUAAUGCAAUAGGAGGAUAUAUGCUAAGCUCUUUGGCACCAGAAAGAGAAGCUGAUAUUCCUAUUACAGAUUGUGAAGAAAAAGAAUCAGAAAAAUCUGUGGAUCUGUCCAGAGCGGUUGUAACAUAUAAACCACCAGCUAUUCCUAGUGUGAACCAGUUCAGUGCUGUAGUCAGCUGUGUUGCAGACAAUGGAACCAUUUAUGUUAUACCAAAGUCACAAGAACAACAAUUAUCCAAGAUGAUGAACGAUAUACAGAAUAACGUCAAAUGUCUGGGUCUUCUGGAACCCUACAGCUGGAAGCAGGGAGAGGCUUGUGUUGUAAGAGGUCCAGAUACUUUGUGGUAUCGGGGUGAAGUGACAGAAGUUGGCAGUGGCACUAUCAGGGUACGAUACUUAGACUUUGGUUACAUUGAAAAGAUACCUCAAUGUCAUCUCUAUCCAACUGUCUUGUAUGCUGAUAUACCUCCUUUCUCCAUACCUUGUCAGCUCCAUAAAACUAAACCAGUUGGAAGUACUUGGCAGCAGGAUGCAGUUGAGCUCCUCCAAGAACUACUUACAAAGAGACUUGUGUCGAUACAUAUUGAGAAACUAUCAGAUCAGCCAUGGGGAAAUAUAUCUGUUAAACUGUUCUUUAGUGGGAUGUCACUUUCUUCCUUCAUGGCAUACCACAAACAUUGCAUCGCUGAAGAGGAAGACGGUGAUAUACCCAAACUGAAUAUAGCAGAAUGCAGCGAGGAGCCUUUGGAAGAAAACUGUGAAAUUAGUUAUGAGGAAUUGCUGUUGUCUGAAAUAGACACCCCUCAUCUUCCUCCAUACACUUUCCCGCCUCUGCCUAUUCUUGGAGCACUCUUUCCAGUUAAAGUAACACACAUUGUGUUGCCAAAUGAGGUAUACAUUUGUCUUGAUCAGCCAGAGAAUUCCAUCCAGCAGGCUGACAGAGAGGACAGUAGAAACAGCUUGGAAUCAGACUGCAAAACUCUCAAGGAAGCCUUGACUUGGUGGAAUCAAAACAUUGAGUCCUGUCCCUGUUUAACUGAUUUUCGAAAUGAGAUGCCUUGCCUUGCACAGUACAUUGAUGGCUCAUGGUACAGAGCAAAACUCCUUUCUGUUAAGGAAUUUAAUCCUCUCCUGAUUAUGGUUCUGUUCGUUGACUAUGGAGCAACAGAAAAGCUGCCCACGAGCAGGUUACGUCAAAUCCCUCCUAAUCUUAUGCAGUAUCCUGCUCAAGCAUUCAAAGUUUUGUUGGCUGGAUUUAAGCCUCCUUUAUGUGAUUCAAAAACUGACAGAAUUCCUUACUGUCCUGAAUGGAGCUUAGAAGCAUUGUGGACCAUGAUAGAUUGUGUUCAAGGGAAAAGUCUCCAGGCUUCCUUGCUGACUCACUCACCAGAUCAUACUGUGUUUUUGUAUAACAAUGGAUGCCUAGUUCACAUGAAGCUUGUAGAAAUGGGAUUGGCUGCGUUAAGUCAGUGACACAAAUAACAAACCUGUUGACAAAAACAAGAAUCCUGCCUCAAGAAGUUGUUCUGUUGAGUUAAAAAAAAAUGCUAUAGCAUGGGAGUGCUUUUGAAGACUUCAUUUACAAACACUGAAGGAAGUGCCUUUUUUGUUUACAGUGUAGAAAGUUAAGUAAUAAAAAAACUUCUUGCAUUGAAAAA